AAAAGCAUAAUACGAUCACCCUAUCUCUUUCUCUCAGUCAAUUUAUUAUACCCCCAAAUGUAAUUAGCCCUAAGGUUCACGUUUCAAAGUUUCAAGUUUCAAGUAAAGGAAAAAGAGGGUAAGAAACGGUGAAUAGUGUCAACUUUUUAUUGGCUUUUCUCUCCCACACAACCUUCAAUCCCGUUCACACACUCCCUUCAUUCUGAUUCUUUGCAACCCAAAAAAAUUAUAACCUUCUCCCUUCAUUCUCUCUCCCUCUCUCUCUCUCCCUCUCUCUCUCUCUCUCUCUCCUAAACCAUCAUCUAUUUUCUCUCUCUGUGUCUGCCAUGGAUUCCGGCAACAGUAGUAGCAUGCAAUCUUCAAGCGGUGGUGGUGGAGACCAAGAAGAGUACGACUCACGCGCCGAUCAAUCUCUCUCUGCUUUGUUUAACAACAACGCGACCACCGGCUCUUCCAACAUCGCCGGUCGAACACAGCUUGACUCUCUCAUGGCUAACUAUUUCAACACCGGGUGGUCAACGGAUAAUACUCUCUGGUCAACAACUACAAAUCCCACCGACGGCUCUAGACCACAACCACAACCACAACCGAUGCCAUCAGAACCAGUCUUCUUCACAAACACAGAUCAAGAGAAUCUGAGAGUAGUCUCAAACACAAACACAAACACAAACACAAACACAAGUAGUCCCAUUGGUUCUGUCCCUACCGACAAGAAAACAGGUCUGGCGACAACACGGAACCCAAAGAAGAGAUCUAGAGUCUCGAGACGAGCACCUACUACUGUUUUGACCACCGACACUUCUAACUUCAGGGCCAUGGUUCAAGAAUUUACUGGUAAUCCUUCUACUCCUUUCACCGGAUUAUCAUCUAGUCCUUUUUCUAGAUCAAGAUUUGAUCUCUUUGGUCCUUCUUCUUCUUCUUCUACUUCGUUCUCACGACCCUUGAAACCCUUUCCUCACAAACUCAUCCCACCAUCAUCGACCAGUCAUCAUUACUCAACUCCUCCUUCUACAGAUUACCACCAGAGUCUUCUUCGUAGCAUGAGCAUGCAGAACAUAGCGAACCCUUUUAUCAACAACCAAUCUCCUAACGACGUCCCUUUAAUGGAUGAGUCGUUGAGCUUGAGAACGAGUACUGGUUUUGGAUACGUGGGAGCAAACUCUGAGGGGCUUCAUAACAUUAUCGCCUCCUCGUCAUCAUCCAUGAAUCAGCCAACCCUAAAUAUUAUUCAUGGAUCAAACAAGAAUUAUGAAGCCGAUAAUAAUCUGGUAAGAUCCAUCGGUGGAGAAGAGCAACCUAUGGUACAAAGAUCCGAUGGCUACGCACCGUUGGUUGCUUCUGGAUCGGAGAAUAAUACAACGGAUGUGAAAAAUGAAGGUAUGGUGGGAUUAUCAUGGAUCUCUUCUUCUGAUUAGUAUCAUUCUAACUUUGUUUAUUACAUUAUGAUCGUAUCUAUUAUAUUAGCCACAUAAAAAAAAAAUAGAACAUCCUAGCGAAAAACAUCUGAUGAAUGGAACAUUAAUUAGUGUAUGGAAUUAAGAGUAUGGAAUCUUUAAUAUUCUAAAGCUUCUAUGCAUGGUCUAUAAAUGACUUUCUAUAUAUUGGAACACUGUUUUUUGUUCCUUUUAAUGUCAUAUUGGCCUUUACUUCGUUUGUUGGAAUGGUAUUUGUGUAUAUGUAGAACUGGACUAUAUAUAUGUAAUGUUUGUGA